UUAAUAAGAAUAUUAAUUUUUUUUAUAUUUAAAAAAAAUAAAAAAAAGUUUAGAUUUAUAAUCGAUUAUAAAAAACUUAACGAAAUUAUUAAAAAGAAUUAUUAUUUAUUACCUUUUAUUAUAGAAUUUAAAGAAAUAUUAUAUAGAGCUUAA